AUGGCCCACAGCCACUCUCGGAAGCGAUCGCGAAGCAGGAGCAAAAGCAAUUCUCGGAGCAGACAGGAGAGGAAGGAGAAGAAAAGGAGGAAAAGCAGCAAGGACUCACACCGGGGCAGCAGCUCUCCUCCGAGGAAGCGGACCUCUGGGUCUCACAGACACAAGUCGAGCUCAGGGGCAGCUAGGGAAGAAAAGAAGAAGGAAGGAAAGGACAAAAAGAAGAGGAAGGCAAGUACCUCUUCCUCUGAGACAGCAUCUUCAUCCACCGGCUCCUCCUCGUCUUCUUCUUCCUCCAGCUCUUCUGAUGACUCCAGUGAUGGUGACUCCAAAGCUAAGAAGAGUCGACACAGCAAAAAAAAGCGAGUGAAACAGAAAGACAAAAAGAAGAAGAAGAAGAGAAUAAGGAAGAAAUCAAAAAAGAAGUCAAAGGAAAGGGCUAAGGAGGAGAAAGCCAAGGAAGAAGUGGUGCCUGGCCCCUCGCUGGAACAGUGGCAGAAGGAAUCGCUGGUGGACUCCGGCCCAGUUUUGACAGAUGAACAAAAAUCCCGAAUCCAGGCUAUGAAGCCAAUGACAAAGGAAGAAUGGGACGCGAGGCAGAGUGUCAUAAGGAGAGUCGUGGAUCCCGAAACAGGGAGAACCAGGCUUAUUAAGGGAGAUGGAGAAGUACUAGAAGAAAUCGUCAGCAGGGAGAGACACAAGGAGAUUAACAAGCAAGCCACCCGCGGGGACCGGCUGGCCUUUCAGGAGAGGCGGGGG